AUGGGUCACCGUCAAGCCCUGGUUCUAACAGUGAUGUCUUAUGAUCGUUAUGUGGCUAUUUGCAGACCACUGCAAUACCACAGCAUUGUGACUCCACGUGCUGUGUUAAAGUUGCUUGUAGUAGCCUGGACUUAUCCACUCUUCUGGGAUGGUUCAGUAAAUCUUCCAAUAGGUGUGCGUAAUGCAUUGGCUAUACAAUUUCUGAUUUUUCCUCCACUGUUGGACCCAUUGAUCUAUGGCCUCCAACUUCCACAGAUUCGAAAGGUACUACGUGGUCAAAGUUGUAAACACAAAAUGACAUGUCAUCUUAGAAGAAAUUGA